UCCUGGCAAUGGCAGAGCAGCUUCCGGUGUUAGCAACGACGGAGAUGGGAGGAGCUGGAGAGAAAACAAUGAACAAUCAAACCGCUUCAAAGCAAUAGUUCAAUUUUUUCUAGCUUUUCUCGUCCCAUCAGAUUCCCUCUUUGAUGGGAGAUCGUGUACAUCCCAUAUUUCGAGUCUUCCAAUGAAUUUGUCUCCCCAUUCUGCAUAUUCCUGACAAAUUUUCCAAACCCCAAUCUUUCAGCUCUGAAAUGCCAUUUAAAAGCUUUGUUCGGGAGAUUGGAAAGAUAUCAAAGGAAAAAUCAGGGACGAGACAUAAGCUUCGGCGGGGUCAAGCCCAUAUUACUCCAGAAGCUUCUCUCUCUUCUUCACCUGGUUCUUCAACUGUACAAAUCGAGCACCGUCAGUGGGAAAAUUUGCCACCGGAAUUACUCGUAGAUAUAAUCCAAAGAGUGGAAUCAAGGGAACAAUGUUGGCCUGGAAGGAGAGAUGUGGUUGCUUGUGCUUCAGUUUGUCGCUCAUGGAGGGAAAUUACGAAACACAUUGUUAAGACACCUGAACAUUGUGGAUUCUUAACUUUCCCAAUCUCUUUAAAGCAGUGUUUUGUGUGUUGUUUUAAGCCUGGGCCAAGGGAUACGCCGAUUCAAUGCUUUAUUAGAAGGGAUAGCUCAACUUCAACAUUUCGAUUGUAUAUGGGUCUCAGUCCAGCUCUGUCAGGUGAAUUGAGUAAACUGUUACUAGCAGCAAAAAAGGUCAGAAGGGCUACUGGUAUUGAUUUUGUUAUAUGUUUAGUUGGGGAUGAUUUCUCUAGAUCAAGCAACAAGUAUGUUGGAAAACUCAGAUCUAAUUUCCUGGGGACCAAGUUCAACAUUUUCGACAGUCAACCUCCGGAAGAUUCUAUAGUCCGCUCCUGUUGUCAAUCAUGUCAAAAAACUCGUCUCGAAAAGUUGCCUUCGAGGGUAACUAUGAAUAAUUAUAACACUGCCAAGAUAUCUUAUCAGCUCAAUGUUCUUCGCACGAGAGGUCCAAGGAGAAUGCAGUGUACCAUGCACUCGAUCCCCGUCUCAGCCAUUGAAGAAAGAGAAAUUGCUCCUACACCUAUGGCAGUUACAAACUGCCUUGAGCAUUCUUCUUCCUUGUUAGAUUCAACAGGAAUAAGACCACAAGUUGGAUCCGAUUCAACUGGCAAUUGUACCACACUUAAGUCAAUGACAUAUGCACCCUUAGUCUUGAAAAAUAAAGUUCCUAGAUGGCAUGAACAAUUGCAGUGUUGGUGCCUAAAUUUUAAAGGACGAGUUACGGUGGCCUCUGUGAAGAAUUUUCAGUUGGUUGCUGCUGUGGAGCCUAGUCAAAAUGUUACAGUAGCUGAACAAGAAAACGUGAUUCUGCAAUUCGGGAAGAUUGGCAAGGACAUUUUCACCAUGGAUUAUCGUUAUCCACUCUCUGCCUUUCAAGCCUUUGCAAUCUGCUUAAGCAGCUUUGACACAAAACCUGUAUGUGAAUAACAGUUCUCUUGUUCCUUGUACUGGCACGAUCAUUCUAGCGUUCACUACAAUGCGGUUGUAAUUUGUAAAUAUUCUCUUUGGUUGUACUUUAGGCUAGCCAUUUCAUAGGCAACUACCUUUGUUACUCUACAAUUCUGUAAUUAGGACUACAA